UCCGGAGCUUUUAGCGUUGCACACAGGAAGUAAAUUCAAGUCAUCUAGUCGAGAGGUUGUAGUUCGCUGCUGUAUCAGCUGUUUGGGCUCGUGAACACUUCGCAUCAGCUCAGACUGUAGCACACUGUCUAUUCAACAUGUUGAUCAAAGUUAAGACUCUCACCGGAAAAGAAAUAGAGAUCGACAUCGAGCCCACAGACAAGGUGGAACGAAUUAAAGAAAGGGUGGAAGAGAAGGAAGGAAUCCCCCCACAGCAACAAAGACUCAUCUACAGUGGAAAACAGAUGAACGACGAGAAGACGGCCGCAGACUACAAGAUCCAGGGAGGCUCGGUGCUCCACCUUGUGUUGGCGCUAAGAGGUGGCUCAACGCUCCACAGGCCCUGCAUACACCUCUCCUCCUCGUCAUGAGUCGCUGUUGAUGUGAUUGGGGGGGGAGGCCAGCUGAGUGCCAACGCUUUAGGUGUCUGUCACAGUCUAACCAUGUUACAGCACAGAGAUCUGAAAUCCCAUGCUCCUGGGCCGACGUAAACAAAAUCAACCAACAACAGCAAAAAAAAAAAAAAAGGACGUUAUGUUUCCUCUGUUGACGUUUUUGUAAACCCACAUUGGCUUUCUGAGUUUCAAGCACCCAUGCAGUACAGAAGACAGUGUGAGAACACUGAGGUCUUUUUGCUUGUGAAUAAAUGCUGAAGUUGA